AUUGAGUGCGACUACACGUGGUUUACUGUCGUUCUCCUCCCCUUUGAGUCCAGUAACUCAAAGGUUUCUGUUUCAAAUGCAAGAGAACCUACAGCAGGAAUAAACGCAUUUUCACUUCACGAACCUUCGGCGGUGAACAAAAUGGUGUGCCACUGUGGACUGGUGACUGGAAAAAAUGAACCAGUGCCUCUUAAGAGUAUUGAGGUGGAGGUCAAGGUAAAUGACCAUGUAGCCACUGUGAGCUCCACACUGCAGUAUGAGAACAAGGAGGAGCAACCCCUGGAGGCCAUCUUUGUGUUUCCUCUGCCAGCGGAGGCUGCUGUCUGCCACUUCAGUGCCAAGAUCGGAGAGACCGAGGUGGUGGCCCAUGUGAAGGAGAAAAAGCAGGCUCGGGAAGAGUAUGAUGAUGCGUUGAGCUCGGGCCAGCAGGCCUUCCUAUUGGAGGAGAGCGAGCAAAGCUCAGAUGUGUUCCAGUUGAACGUGGGCAGUCUUCCCCCUGGAGAGAGCGCCUCCAUCAGGCUGGAGUACGUCACUGAGCUGGCCGUGCAGGCGGACGAUGGGCUGAGGAUAUGCCUGCCUGCCGUGCUGAACCCCCGCUAUGAGCCCCAAGGUGUGAACAGUGGAGGUGGGGGCAGUGCCCAGGUGACUUCUGUGCCCGCGAGUGCUGUGCCCUACAACUUGUCUGUCAAAGCUCAUGUGUCCUCCCCUCGGCCCAUCUCUAAAGUAGAGUCUAACUGUCCCUUGGAUCCACUCAACUAUCUCAACCCGGAGCAAACCCAAGCCACGAUCAGCCUGGCUGCAGGACACAAGUUUGACCGGGAUGUUGAGCUGUUGGUUUAUUACAAAGACGCCCACCAGCCCACUCCUGUGGUCGAGUCAGGACAGGCCUCCGCUAAACCAGGCUCUUUGAUGGGUGACACGGUGGUCAUGUUGAGCCUUUACCCAGAGUUCCCCACGUCUGUGAUGUCAUCCAUGACCUCGUCUGGGGAGUUUAUUUUCCUGGUGGAUCGCUCUGGUAGCAUGUCAUGCCCCAUGCACAGAGGGGAAGGGGCACAGGAACGCAUUGGCAGUGCCAGGGACACUCUGCUGCUUUUGCUGAAGAGUCUGCCUAUGGGCUGCUACUUUAACAUCUUUGGCUUUGGCUCUAACUAUGAGUCCUUCUUCCCCAAGAGUGUGGAGUACAGUCAGCAGACUAUGGACAAUGCUCUAAAUAAGGUGCAGACGAUGGGGGCUGACAUGGGCGGAACAGAGAUCCUUGAGCCACUCAAACAUAUCUAUAGUCAGAGCUGCAUCCCUAACCAGCCCAGACAGCUCUUUCUCUUCACUGAUGGUGAGGUGGGAAACACCAAGCAAGUCCUGGAUCUAGUCAAGAAGAAUGCAAAAUCUCAUAGGUGCUUUUCUUUUGGGAUCGGAGAAGGAGCCAGCUCUGCCCUCAUCAGUGGGGUCGCCAAGGAGGGAGGGGGACACAGCCAGUUCAUCACAGGAACUGAUAGAAUGCAACCCAAAGUGAUGCAGUCGCUUCGCUUUGCUCUUCAGCCUGCUGUUGUUGACAUCGCUGUUGAUUGGAAAGUUCCAAAGGGUGUGUCUGUCACCCCUCUGUCUCAACCCAUCAGUGUGCUCUUUCAGGGUCAAAGGUCACUUAUCUAUGCCCAGCUUACUGGAGAGAGCUCAAAACAGACUGAGGGCUCUGUGACAGUGAAGUACAGCUUGGCGAAGCAGCCUGUCAAGAACCAGCUUUGCUUUAGUCUCAAACCUGCAGAGGACACUGGACUAACUGUCCAUAGACUUGGGGCUCGAACCCUGAUCCGCUCCCUGGAAGUGGAGGAGAGAGGGGGGGGUAGUGAGAAGAAGGCCACAGAGUUAAAAGACAGAGUGGUUAAUCUCAGUGUCCAAUCAGGAGUGAGCAGUGUCUUCACUGCUUUCAUUGCUGUCCACAAAGGCAGUGGGGAAGCUGUGAAGGGCCCGAUGCUUCGUAGGAAUGUCCCCACACCCAUGUUGUUUGGAGGAGGCUAUGCUUGUUCAAUGCCUAUGGCCAUGUCAUUGAAUCAUGCUGCACCUAUGGCUAUGAUGAGACGUUGUGCAGCCCCAAUGAUGAUGUGUGACUCAGCCGUCCCCCAAGGUGAACCGAGCUCAGUUUACUGUGAUGCAGGCUUUGAAAUGGCUGAAAACACCAUCACUGUCCCUGAACUGACCAGGGACCCUCUCUUCCAGCUGAUCUCCCUUCAGAAAGCUUCUGGUUCCUGGGUCCUAGAGACAGCCCUGGUCCUUGUGCUGGGGAAAACACUGGAGGAAGUGGACAAGACAAAGCCUGAACAGGUGGACCAGGAAGUGUGGGCCACUGUUCUGGCCCUCAUAUGGCUCCAUGGGUUCAAGAUCAAAGACCAGGACGAGUGGCAACUUCUGGCUAUCAAAGCUGUGGCAUGGAUCCAGGCCCAGAAUGUGCCCUUUGUUCCGGAGUGUGUAGCAGCUGGGAAUGCCCUGUUGGGUUGCAAGGUGCAGAAGGAGACUCUGGGACUCUGAGAAGAUCACCCUGCCUACCUUUUUCUCUUUUGUUCAUGCUCCACAUGCUGUACCUGGGCUGUACACAAAUUGUCAGGGUUAACAGUUGUGUAUUGUGCAUGUAACGGCAAGGCUUUAGCUAACUCAGAUAAAUUCUUAGGGCCUAUUUUAUCGUAUAGUUGCAUUUAUUCCAGAGAUUAAUUCUAGCCUCGGAGAAAUGUUUCGCUAACAAAUAUUGCGCAAACAACUAGCUGAACUGCACUACAAAUAUCUUGACACCUGAUAUAAUGUUUCGUGUAUUUUCUUUCAAUGCCGUACAAUAAUACAUCUCAAUAAAUCUAAUAAUAAAUAUCG